GUUUAACAAAGACAUCACUGGUGUUGUCAACAUUUGCAUUUAAAAGCCUAGAAUUUUUGUAAAUGUCAAACUUUUAAAUAUCUUUUCAUGUGUAUAUAUAAAAUUCACUAAAAAUGUCGAUAGAAAUUGAAUCAGCGGAUGUGAUUAGGUUAAUUCAACAAUAUUUAAAGGAAUCAAAUCUUAUUAAAACAUUACAAACGUUACAGGAAGAGACUGGGGUAUCCUUGAAUACGGUAGACAGUGUUGAUGGGUUCUGUGCAGACAUAAACAAUGGCCAUUGGGAUACAGUUUUAAAGGCUAUUCAGUCUUUGAAGCUCCCAGACAAAAAAUUAAUCGAUUUAUAUGAACAAGUUGUGUUAGAACUUAUAGAAUUGCGGGAACUUGGAGCAGCCCGAUCACUUUUACGACAAACUGAUCCAAUGAUUAUGAUGAAACAGAAUGAACCAGAACGAUAUAUUCAUUUAGAAAAUCUUUUGGCACGGUCCUACUUCGAUCCACGUGAAGCGUAUCCCGAUGGAAGUAGUAAAGAAAAACGUCGAGCUGCAAUCGCACAUGCAUUAUCUGGUGAAGUGUCCGUAGUACCUUCAUCCAGAUUAUUAGCUUUAUUAGGUCAAGCAUUAAAAUGGCAACAGCAUCAAGGAUUAUUACCACCCGGCACAACUAUUGAUUUAUUCCGUGGUAAAGCAGCUAUUAAGGACCAAGAAGACGAACAGUAUCCCACACAAUUAUCCAAACAGAUUAAAUUUGGACAAAAAUCACAUGUUGAAUAUGCAAGAUUUUCACCAGAUGGUCAGUAUUUGGUAACUGGCAGUGUAGAUGGUUUUAUUGAAGUAUGGAAUUUUACAACCGGUAAAAUUCGUAAAGAUUUAAAAUAUCAAGCAAAUGAUAAUUUUAUGAUGAUGGAACAAGCGGUUUUAUGUAUGGCAUUUUCACGUGAUAGUGAAAUGUUAGCAACUGGUUCACAGGAUGGUAGAAUUAAAGUAUGGAAAAUUCUUACAGGGCAAUGUAUGCGAAAAUUUGAGAAGGCUCAUAAUAAAGGCAUAACUUGCCUUCAAUUUUCACGUGACAAUAGUCAAAUUUUAAGUGCUUCAUUUGAUUAUACGAUCAGAAUUCAUGGUUUAAAAUCUGGUAAAACAAUCAAAGAAUUUCGAGGACAUUCUUCAUUUGUUAAUGAAGUUACAUUUUCUCAAGAUGGACACAGCAUUCUUAGUGCUUCAUCUGAUGGUACCGUAAAAUUAUGGAGUUUAAAGACAACAGAAUGCACCCACACAUACAAAUCACUAGGUGCUGGUGAUGUUGCUGUAAAUUCCAUUCAUCUACUACCAAAGAAUCCUGAACAUUUUGUUGUUUGUAAUCGUUCAAACACUGUCGUUAUAAUGAACAUGCAGGGUCAAAUUGUACGAUCAUUUUCAAGUGGUAAACGUGAAGAUGGUGACUUUGUUUGUGCAACUGUUUCGCCACGUGGAGAUUGGAUAUACUGUGUUGGUGAAGAUUUGGUUUUAUAUUGUUUUUCAAGUCAGUCUGGAAAAUUGGAACGAACUUUAAAUAUUCAUGAAAAAGAUGUCAUCGGUAUUACGCAUCAUCCACAUCAGAAUUUACUCUGUACAUACAGUGAAGAUGGUCUUCUGCGUUUAUGGAAACCUUAGAUUUAAAUUUAGUGUAUAUUUAUUAUUUUUUAAGACUUAAAAAACAAAGAAUAAAUGUGUU